AUGUCGACUGACGAUAUUCCGAAUCGCGGCCCUCAGCUGCUGGCCGCCAACUUGUUCUUCGCCGUCGCCACUUUGGUGGCCGUGGGCCUCCGAGUCUUUGUUCGCACCCGCAUCGUCAAGAGCUUCGCCGCCGACGAUGCGAUCAUGGUGGCUGCGUUGGUGUGUUUUGAGGCGUACAUUGGUUUUUCAGUUACCGGCAUCCAUUUCGGAACCGGUCAUCACCAUGCAGACUUGACGGAUUACCAAGUCAAGACGGCGAUGAUGUUUUGGUGGAUGUGCUAUCUAGGCUACUCGAUAACCAUGAUGUUGUCGAAAGCAUCCAUUGCCGCCUUCAUGCUUCGGAUCGUCGUCCAACGCUCUCACAUCUGGACCAUAUACAUCGCCAUAAGCUUGACCAUCGUGGCCGGCACCAUCUUCUUCUUCGUCUCCCUCUUCCAGUGCCACCCCAUCUCCUACUUUUGGAACAAGGACCAGAACGGCUCCUGCCUCAACGUGGACAUCAUCAUCGCCCUCGGCAUCCUCUACAGCGUGUUUUCCGCCAUCACCGAUCUGGCCUUUACCAUUCUCCCCAUCUUCAUCGUGUGGAACCUCAAGAUGGAGAGACGUGCCAAAAUCGCCCUCAUCCCCAUCAUGUGCAUGGGUACCAUUGCUACAGUAGCAGUGGUGGUCCGAAUCGCGUACUUGCCAAACCUCAAGAAGCCAGACUUCCUAUGGGAAACUCUCGACACCGCCAUCUGGUCUACGGUCGAGAUGGGCUUGGCCAUCACGGCAGGUUCCAUCGCCACCCUUCGCCCCUUACUUAGAAUGGCAGCACACAAACUUGGCUGGCAGACGGGGUCCUCGGGGACCAACCCUUCCGGGGACUCGAGGCUCCGCGCUCGAUCACGUGUCAAGACGCCUGCCCACAAUACGUCAGAUAUGCUCCGCCUGUCGUCGAUCCCAAAGAGUCAAAGCCCCGGAUGGGACAAUCGCGCGCCGGACCUCGAGGGUGGUGCUCGCAACAAGGGCGCCUAUGGGUGCGUGGUAUCCGUGGAGGCUGACACGGAUGUAACGCCAGUGGACCCGGACCACAUCGUCGUGUCCAUCCAACAUAGCCAGUCUGUCCAUCGGACGGCGUACUGGAGUGAUAGCGAGGAGCGUCUAGCAAAGAGCGAUGGCAUGUCUCGUUAA